UUGGCAUUUUUUGUAUUUUGCAAUGGGCUAUAGAUGUUUUAACUUGUGUUGAAGCUUGUAUCAAGAGAAUGCGGUAAAGUAGCAUGCCAUUAUGUAGCUAUAACCAUGGUGCAUGAGCCAACUUACUAACCCCUCUCAUGAUGUUCUGCACGGAGGUAUUGUGUAUUUCCCAUUUUGCCGUACCAGCAAACACUUCUAACCUGUUCUUCUGCUGUGGAAAGAACAGAACACACAGCAUAUAUGCAUGUUACCUUUUUCAGAUUUGAUCUGCUGUAAUGUGAAAAGGUUUACGGACAUUAAACACAUUGUUUUCAUGGAGUCUAAGAUGAACCGAAGCUCAGUGCAGGAGGCCAAGCUGGUGCAGUGGGUUAAUAAAUAUGUAUUAACAUCGUGUAUGAGUGGCUUAAGUUUGGAAGAAUAUGACUUGCUUGGAGAUUCAAAAUACCGCGCCUAUGUGGCCGCAGUGGACAAGACGCUCCGCAACUUUGAAAAUACUAGUGAAUGGGCUGAUCUCAUCUCGACUCUGGGGAAACUCAAUAAGGUGUUACUAUCCCACAUGAAAUAUCCUGUGGUUCCUCGUAGAAUAACGAUAAGCAAACGAUUAGCGCAAUGCAUGCACCCAGCACUACCAUCGGGUGUCCAUUUGAAAGCCUUGGAAACAUAUGAUAUAAUAUUCAAGUGUAUGGGGACCAACAGGCUCUCACAAGAACUCUUCAUAUACAGUGCAGGCUUAUUUCCAUUAUUUAGCAGUGCAGCAAUGAACGUAAGAUCAGCCCUGUUAACAGUAUAUGAAACUCACUUUGUCCCGUUGGGCCCAAGACUACGCCCAGGGCUGAAUGGUUUCCUGUCAGGAAUUCUGGCUGGCUUGGAAGAAGGUUCUGAUCAUCUAGAAAGGACAUCUCAGCUGCUAACAAGAGUUGCUGAAGGAGUGGGACAAGCAGAAUUCUUUGGCUGCUUGUGGGACUGUGUUUGGGGAAACUCAGGAGUGAGACUUCCUGCCAUCACCCAUAUUACGUCAUGCUAUAAUAAGAAAUUGUCCACAGAAGAUCAAUUAUAUAUCCUCGGCACAAAUAUUGAUGUUAUGGUCUCAGCAUUGUGUCAAGCAAUGGAAGAUAGUAGUGUAUUGGUGCAAAGAGCAGCUCUUGACCUGACUUUAGCUGCCCUUCCCAUGCACAAUACGCAACUGUUACGGCCAGACUUGGUCAGAAUUGUCACCUCUGCCAUUUUAGUGUUGCUGAGGAGAGAUAUGUCCCUGAACAGGAGGUUGUAUGCAUGGCUGCUUGGAUCUGAAAUCAACCUCUCACUCUUGUCUUCCGAACAUCCUGUUGUAAAGCGCCUCAACAGUGCUGUGAGUGACAGUAACACUGAAGAUGGAACUGAAGUCAAUGCAUAUUUUGAAACAUUCUCAAGACCACUUUUAGUGGAAGGGGUUGUGUCUUGUUUGCAAGCCAGCCAGGGAACCAAUCCACCUGAUUUACGACCAUAUAGACUGAUAGUCUCGCUGCUGGAUAAGCCAGAAAUUGGACCUUUCAUUCUGGAUGAUAUAUUUCUAGAUCUAUUAAGUGCAGGGAAUGGUUAUUGUGCUUGUACCAUACCUGCCAAGUGCUUCAAGCCUCAAAUAACACCCCAUCAGAACCCAGUAGCAGAAGACAAAGCACAACAGACAAGCAGACACCACCACCUCCAUCUCGCUCACCAGAUGGCUCUAAACCAGUUGUUGAGGGGAAACAGGGGACUCCAUGAGGUUACGAAAACUGCCACUCUUCUGUUUAGUGCCCUACAACCAUCAUACCCAUGGAUGCAUCUCACAGGUUUACUCAGCAUGGCAUGUCAAGCCAAAGCUAGUCAGAUGGAUGGGGGUGAGAAAAAAGAUGAUGGCAAACUUGUUUUAGAUGUGGGUAGUUCAGUCAUGACAGUUUGCGAGAUUUGCACUCUGCUGCAACAUCUGUUGACGUCUCUCCCCACGAUACUCAGCAGCAGACUCAAGCUUCAAGGCUCCCAGAGGUGUUGUCUACAGUUACCUCCCUUGACAGAACAUCUCAGCACUUUGACUGCUAAAGAACUCUCUGCAGGACUUUCUCUCUCUCAGGCAAUCUUACACAAACUCAUACCUUCAGUCACUUUGCCUCCUUCAGCAUCGCAGUCAAGGCCAGAGUCAAGAGCAAGCAUCACUACCUUUGCAUCCCUUCAGAUGCAUGCUCUUUCUCAAGUGUCUACUAUUCCUCGACCUCUGCUUGUUCAGGAAGCUUUCGCAAGAGAGAGUCCUCCCUCAGAGUGUGGCAUUGUACAGAUAGGAAUAGAGGCAAGUGAGGAUGAUCCAAAUAGUGUUGAAAGGAAAAAAACUGAAGACCUUUCAGUUGAUUCACUCACUGAGGAAAGUAAUAAUAAUGAGAACUUAGCUGACGGAGAAGCAGAAACAUCCUUUAUCUCAGUAGUGUCAAAUUCAUCUAUGGAGGACUCUGAAAGAUUGAAAGGAGAAACUGAAGAUGAAAAUAAAGAAAAACAAGACACUUCUGUAGAAAAGGAGAAUGAAAUUGCUACCCCAAAUGCAAUUAAACCUGAAAUAAGUGAGGACUUGUUUGAUGUUGACCAAGAAGGAGAAGUAGUAAGCAGUGGUGAGGAUAAGCAUGCCAAUUUGGAAGAGGUACCCAGCGAUUCAGGAGUUGACAUGGAAGAAAUACCCUCACAACCCACAGAGCUGUCACGAUUUUUGAUAUCACAAGAAGCAAGUGAGGAUGAGUAUGAAAGUGCACCUCAGAGCCCUAGUCAUCAGGGCUCAAUGCCAUUAUAUAAUUAUGUUAAAGUAUUUGAAAAAUUCUUCUUGCAGUUUAUCCAGAAAAAAAUUAUAUUAGAAAAUUCAAAUCUAGCUGAUUUUCAGAGUGCUCUCAGUAGAUCAGGAAGUUUUCAGAUGGACAGUCUAUCAGAACUGAAUUAUUUGUUGAGAGAAUGUCUGCAGUGCUGUGAAAAUAAAGUAGAAUCCACACAGUCUUCUCCAGUCAAAAGUAAAGGGAAGAAGGUACAGUCAUCCCCCUGGUCAUCUCCUUCAAGAGUUUCUACAUCGUCUUCAGGCUUUUCACAGAGUCAGAGAGAAAUUACCGACUUCACUUCUGUCCUGCAGCUUCACCACAAAGCAGAUGAACAAUUUGAAGUCUUCAAAGCUGCUUGUAGCAUUUUGGUUGACUUAUCAUCACUUCCUACGACUCCUGGACUCCCUCUGAACAGGCCAAGUAAUCAGAUUCCUCACUGGUUUGUUGGGCUCAUUGCGUGUGUCAUCAAUGGGGGUCAAGUCUCUCCUCGCUUUGUUAUGGCAUCUGUGUCUACUCUGCUGGAGUUGGUGAUGUUGGCUCAGUCAGAGCUGUCUGUAUGGCGGAGUGAGCAUGAACUUGGAUGCAAAGGAGGACCUGGGGUUGUGUCUGUUAAUAUAAUCCCUUUACUCCUACCAACACAUACUCACAUCCUCCUUCAUCAUACUACGGUGUAUCAGCACAUGGCAAGACAGCUUUGGAGUCAUUUGAGGCCAUCAAUGAGUCACCUCCAUGUAGGCAGCACAGAACUUCUCCUUCAGUUACACAACUUGACUCUUCCUCGCAGUCCAAGUGUAACGCUGACAUCCGCUCCGCCUCAGUCCCCUAUGUCUGUUGUGGAGAGGGAGAUUCUUGCCACUCUCACAUAUACAUUGCAGGUACCUGUGACUGAUGAGAAGGAGAGUGGGGUACUAUGGAGUCAUGAAGGCAUCAGGGCAGAGUAUGACAGUGUUGCCAUGCACCAGUGGAUGACGCUGUGGCAGGUAUCAAGAAACCUAUCUUCUGGUCUUGCAGGAAAUUUCCCAGGGUUUGACAGAUGCCUCUUCUUGAUGGUUGAACGUCUUCGAGGGGAUAGUGGCAUAGAACGGACCCUUGCACAUGCAUGGCUUGCCACAACUCUUCAGAGAAGUGACACUGCUCGGCUCAUAGACCCAGUCCUGGUUUUAUUACUGCACCCACAUACCCGAAGAGUCAGUGUACAGCAUGUGAACAUUGAGAAGUUGCCUCCUGUCCAGCAAGGCCAAGGUCACAAAUUAUCCCUAGAGGAAUCACAGAUCUAUGCCAUCAGCUCUGAAGGAGGAGAGGUCAUGUACCAUGUGAGCAAGGAAGGAAGAGAAAGUCAGGGGAAGGGAAAACACAUGCCUGUUCCAGCCAAACAUAUAUUAGCAUUUACUUCAAUUUCCAAAGACAGCAAGAAGAUUGUCACUCACAAUGCAAACUUUACAGAGUUUGAACUGCCUUCUAGUCAUGAGCAGCCACAGCUACAAGCAUCAAUAUCUCUUAUGGUUAAUCCUUUCACUCAGCAUCCAUGGAUAGACAUGGAGGAUCUGGCCAAGAUGAACAAACCAACAAACCUUUCCAAUGCAGUUAGAAUCCAAAAUGGCAGCUACCAGAAACUUUCAACUACAGUGAUACCUGAACAAGUUACGAGUGAAUCAACAGUUUCAAGUAGUAGAGAUUCAGAUGAUGAAAACUGGACACCAACACAGAUGGUUCAAAGUAUUCUUGAGGAGGUGAUAGAUGCUGUUGUGACUUCACGAUACAAGUAUCCUGAAAGUGAUGGGUCAAGUGAACAGGAUACAGUAUCACAAUCUGUAAUAAGUGAUGGAACUGUGCCAGAAUUAACAAGACAUCCAUUUCACUCUCACAUGCUCCUGUACACUCAGGUGGUUGAUAGUGGUCAAUGUUCAAAUGGAUUGUCCCUAAUUAGAAAUAUCAUUGAAGCACAACCAAAGUUAUCCCUUCUAACUCUAGCAUCAACUAGCAUUAGUACGCUACAGUCAACUUCACCUCUCAUUGUAUUGUUAGCCAGACAUCGCAGAUCUGUUUUUGGUGAUGGGUUUGAUGGUGGAAAUGUGUCAGAGAUGGUCAGUCAGUUCCGGUCUACUAUGUAUCUUCAGGUAGUUAUCACAGUAUGCCUUUAUUACUUGCGCUCUUACUAUCCGUGCCUUCCUCAUCUCCGCCUUCGGGAUGAACAUCUACGAGAUAACCAGGAAGUGCAAGUGGCAUCAGCUGAGGUUCUAGUCCUAGUCUUCACACAUUUGUCACCAUUAGUAACUGAUGCCCCCAGGGGUUUCACCCCAUAUAUUACAGAUCUGCUCAGUAAAUGCAAAGUUCAGAAGUGUGUGCUUCACUGUUUGCUGUCAUCUGUGCACGCUAUGACCAGUGCAAGUACGUCAGUGGUUACAGAUCACAAACGUCCAUCAUCCCAGGAUACACGCACUUUUACUGAAGAAGUCCAAGAAUACAACUGUGGAUCGCUCAACCACACUGGUGCUGUACAUCGCUUGGAAACCUACCUAGCUCGAGUGAUGGACUUAACACUGGCCCUCAUCCGCUUAGAAGACACACUGGCUGCAGAUAGACUAGAGGGUGCAGUGGUGAGAGAUCCACCAAGUGUCAGCAUGAAAUAUACUGGCUUUAGCACCACUAAAUAUCAGCCUGGUCAGCCAAUUCCAGCACAGCCCAUGUUCAUGGAGGUUAUCACUGUAGCACUAAAACAGCAUCAUCUUCGGCAUUUACACGGAUCUUGGUUGCACCUUUUUACAGCAGCACUGCCUCAUAUGGGCCCAUCACUCCCUAAUAACAGUUUGCUUGUAACAUACCAUGUAUGUGAACUUUUGGAAGGAAUGGCCCACUAUUAUCUGCCUGGUGCUGUAGCACCUCAUGCUCCACCUGACUAUACACUUAUCCUGCUGCAAAGCCUCACAACUAUAGUACAUUAUUGCCUCUUAGAUCCAGCACAGUCACCUGCUUUUGGGUCAUCAUCAUCUCUUCCUGCAUCUUCAGCACCUCCUUCAGGCCAGACUGCAGGACAGAUAUUGUACAAUCUGCUACAUGUGUUUUCUCCAGUGGGUGAAAUCCUUGAUGCUCCUGUAGACAGCAGUGGAUUAGACCCAACUGCUUGUGCUCGCCAUACCCUCCUCUGCCAUCUUCCAAGAAUCAUCUCGGCCCUACUGGCUUUGUGGGUGGCUACAGGACAGGACCAAGAUUCAGCCUUUGUACUCGGCAGUAGAAGGGCUGUGAGACAACAUAUUGUAGAGCUCUUAUCACCCAUCUGUCACCACCAGACACCACAUCUUCUUGCAGCUAUUAGUGUUGUUUGGCAGGGGGUUGGCAUUGCUGCUUCAGCUUUCAGAGCAAGCAAUAAUACUGGUCUCUGUAAUGACUCUAACAUCAACAACAAACAAAGUGGUGUAGGAGGCUUACUGUGGAGUGGAAGCCCACACCAGUUGGCUCUUGUAGAGAUGAUGUCUUUGCUACGAGUGUUACCUCUACAUACACUAGUAGCGACUGUCAAACAGGUGGUGAAGCAACCACCAAUAGUUGAUGGUGCUCAGCAAGGCCUGCCAUUGGAGGUUAGUGUCCUGCAAGUGUUCUAUGUGUAUGUUCAGCAGUGUCCAGGGUCACAACUUGGUGAAUGCUGGGGACCACUUUUGACCAUGGUGAAAGAAGGAACUAUUGGUUUGUCACCCCCUGCCCAGCUGGUUCUCCUAGCAACACUGAAUGAAUUUGUUCAGAGAGCUGCUGCCCCUCAGGAAAAGAAAGAUGUGAAGGAGCUUCAGGAAGUAUCUGGCAAGUUGCUAGAGUGCUGUAGUAGUAUUGCAGGUUCCUGUCUUGAGGCUACUACAUGGUUAAGACGAAACCUUACAGUCAAGACUGAUGCAGCAGAAAAGAAGGAGGGUAUGAAUGAUGCCUCAGCAUAUAGUGUAGCAGCAUUAAGUGUCCUUGCAGAAUUAUUAGCCCCUCUACUAGACGUGCUGUAUGUGAGUGAGGAGAAAGACAAGGUUGUUCCUCUACUCACAAACAUCAUGGCUAAUGUUGUUCCAUAUCUACGUAAUCAUACGCGGUCAAACAUGCCUGCAUUUGCUGCAUGUUCUCAGUUACUGUCAUCGUUAUCGGGUUACCAGUACACUCUCCGAGCUUGGAGACGAGAUGUUAUCGAUCUUCUCCUAGACCCACAAGCAUUCAUGAUGCUUCCACCUAUACUGACAUACUGGCGGACUAUUGUAGAUUUUCUUUGCACACAUGACAAGACUGUGUUUAAGGAAUUGCUAACUCGUGUAUCCAUGUCCCAAGGAGGAUCACUAAGUCUCUUCUCUAGUAAGGAGUCGGAAUAUGAAAUUAGAGCAGGAUUGCUGAAGAGGCUGGCAUUCACCAUCUUCUGUUCAGAAACAGAUCAGUACAUGCGACACAUACCAGAUAUCCAAGAACGUUUGGCUGAAGUGACCCGGUUGGGCCAAGUGGUGCCCUCCCUCGUUGCCCAAGUGCUACUGUGCUUCCGUGUCCUUCUCCUGAGGAUGUCCCCACGUGGUGUGACGUCACUGUGGCCUGUGAUCAUAACAGAGCUGGUGCAGGUGUUCCUCAUGAUGGAGCAAGAACUAGCUACUGACACAGAACAGUUCAGCAAGAAAGGGGGCAGUUCACACCUGAAGCGCCUUUCUACCUUAGAUUCUUCAUGGGUUUUUAGCUCACAGAAUGGACUAAAUGCUCACAACCAUCCAGCAUGGUUGACCUUGUACCUAGCAGCAUGUAAGCUGUUGGAUUUGAUGCUUGCCCUUCCAGCCCAGCAUCUGCCGCAGUUCCAAAUGUACCGAUGGGCUUUUGUUGGUCCAGUUCCAACAACUGAAGUGGAAGAGAAGACAGAAGGAGCUGGUAACAUCCUACUCAAAAGUUGUGAUUUUGUCCCUCAUAUUGCAAGAAUUGCAAAACUGAUGGCAGAUAAGCCUGGAAGUGGAAAGAAUAAGAUGCUGGAACACCGUCCUGGGGAGCUGCUGCUGAAGAUGCCCAGUAUAUCAACCCUUUUAGAUCUGCAGCCCUUCUUCAACACCCUCACAUCACCAUCUUUCACACCGGCAGCAGCCACAAUCGGACAGACUCCCCCAGGGGUCCUUUCGUCCUUCCCUUCCUCCACAUCCUUGCCUAGUUCUGGGCCAUCAUCUGCCUCAGGCACUUCAGCCACUCCCAACUCCAGCCUGGCACACAUAGAAGCAGUCAUUGAGCGAGAUUUCCUGGAACCCCUUCCUUCAUAGGCUUUUUCCUGGGAUAUCUUAUUCUGAAUUAGUAUGUGGUAUUGCUAUAUGUCUUUGUAUAAAUACUUGUCUGGUCCCUAUGUUAUCUUUUGUUUGAUUUUCUUUUUUAUGCCAGUGAAGUGAACUCACAAAAA